AUGAUCAAAAAUCAGACUACAGUCAUGGACUCAACGCUAAAUAUAUUCAGCAAAACUACAAAAGCCAUUGCAGUUAAAAUGAAUCAACUACAAGAUGAGACAAACAAAAUAGUAGAUUACACUAAUCAUAAUACUAAACGUAUUAACCACCUAGAGAUCUAUACAUCACUGGUAACCCAACUUACAUGGAUGGCACACACAUUAAUAAAAUUUGAAGCUGCGAUAUUUGAUGUCUUAACUGAUACUCAGCAUGGCAGAAUUAAUUCUCUUUUGAUGUCUCCACAACAACUUCAAGACCAAAUCAUGAAGAUCAAGGGCCAUUUACCUCAUUCACUUCGUCUUCCAUUUAAUCAAGAGGACGUUAUUCAUUUAUACACGUUGAUGUCUUCACAAAGUGGAAUCACACAAGAUCAUUUGAUAGUUGUCUUACAACUGCCAUUAACCGAUCAUGAGGAUUUCGAUUUAUUCAAUCUCGUCCCAAUUCCUGCAACAGUCAACAAUACAAUGAUGACAAUAGUUCCAGAAGCUUCAUUUUUAGCUGCCACGCCGCAUAGAGACCAAUAUUUUGCCUUAACUCGUGAACAGUAUAAGGAGUGUAUGACUUUCAAGCAACCAGAAAACAAACUACUCUGUUCGGAUAAACAAUCAAAAUAUAACAUCGGCUCACAGGCUUACGCUUGCGAAUUUAACCUAUUAAAAAACAUAUCUGACAAUACGUGUAAUGUGCAGGAAACAAAAUCGAACAUUAUUUGGAGUCGCCUGUAUCAUGCGAACCAAUGGAUAUUCGGGUCAAAAAACAAUACAACAGUUACGGCCGUCUGUAAGGGCAUCACGACUCAUUUAGAACUACAAGGUGCAACACUUCUGAAAUUACAAGACGACUGUGUACUCAAACACCAAACGUCUACAAUUCAGACACAUCAAACGCUUACCGACACCAUGUAUGAAUCUUACAUUGCAUUUGGUGAGAUACCUGUCAUUACUAACUCAGAAUUAUGGUCAAAUUUUAAAGGAAGUUCAUUGAAUCGCAGCAAUGAACUUAAACAGUUAAAGCUACUUCACAAUACUCUGUGUUGGAGCACGGUGCUUUGGUAG